AUGGCAGAUGAUGGGUCUGAUGCCCAUUCCUCUGACCAAGCUCCGGAGACGACCAAAGCAGACCACAAUUCACGGAAGAGAAGACGGACUGCUCAUGCGUGUGAUGUCUGCCGGAACAGAAAGACCAGAUGUGAUGGCAGAACUCCAAGGUGUACGACCUGCAAGGUGUCGAAUUUGGAAUGUACCUAUGCUAUGGAAACUGUUGCCAAGGGCAAGAGUGAUCUCAUUCUCGCUGCCGUACUGCGAAUGGAAAGGUUUCUGGAACAGAUGGAUUCCAAGAUUAACAUGACACCCGAUCUGUCUGCCCUUCGAGCGGUAAGCAGGGAUACAAGCUCACCGAUCGCCCCUUAUUCGAUGUCAUCCGGCCAGAAAGACAACGUUGAAGACCCGUUCCAUAAUUGGCUUCAAACCCUUCAAAAUGCGAGCUUGUCACGCUUACACACAUCUUCCACAGAAUCUAUUCUUGAUUGGCCGCAUUUCGAUUCGUAUGCUGAGAUCCGGCACCGACAAAACGUAUCAAUAUUCAACCUCGAGCAAGCUCGACCUCUCCUGUCAGGCAAUUGGCAAACCCCGAUGAUACCGUUCGCAGAUGCCAGCGAGGUUAGCAAAAUAGUUAAGGCUUUCCAACAGAACAUUAAUUUCUGGUAUCCCACCAUGGCCAAGAGCAUCAUUGAACCUUUGAAAGCCAGAUUGGUGACAGGUCAACUUGGGAAUGAUUGCGAUUCAUGCCUUGCGCUCCUACUCAUGGCUUUGGGGUGUGCAUGCGAAGCAGCAUCGUCAGCACUUCAAGAGGAUCCUGAUCCUACUAGGGCUAAUCUUCAAUCACAGAGGCGGAGAAUGGGCGAUAUGUAUUUCGAAUCUGCAGUAAGCAGGAUGCAUAUUGCGUACCAGGAAAUUAGCAGGUCUGCACUACACUGCCUCCUGUUCACAGCACUUUACUAUGCAUUCUCGCAACGACCUUUGCAAGCUUGGUCGUCCAUCAAUGCAACCGCCACAAAAUGCCGAGUUCUGUUAUCCUACAAACCUGUUGGCACCACGUCGGAUGACGAGGAGUGUACACGACGGAUCUUCUGGUCAUGCUUUAUUCUCGAGAGUGAUUACCUCGCGGAGCUCUCAGCACUUCCCCUCUCCGGCAUCGCCAACAUGGAAUCCUCGGUUCCACUUCCCGGCCACUGCCAUACGCAUGACAGCAUAGUCGAAGAAGAACGCUCAGCCCUAUACUUCCUCGCCUGUCUCUCAAUCCGUCGGCUUCUGAACCGUGUCCAUCAUCUCCUCUACAGCAAAGACACUGGUGCAAGCCUGGACGAUCGCCGCUUCCCAGAUAUGGUCGCCGAGCUAGACCACCAACUCGAGGAUUGGAGAGAACUAUUGCCACCUUCGUUCCAGUUUGCCCUCGACACUCAGCCGACCCCGAACCAGCAGGCUGGUUUUCUCCGACAGCGCUAUCUCACUUGUCGGAGUGUAAUCUAUCGUCCUUAUCUGAUGUGGAUGCUGGCGGCUCCAAGGUGGGUUGAUCAAGCUUUUGUUCUCCGGCGCGUGGAUAGAAUGGCUGCCGCGAUGUUCAUCUUGCUCGCGGGGUACCGUGUUCCGGGCGUGAAGCCAUACAUUCGUCCCGAAGCUACAAUGCUAGGUCAGCACCUAAGAAGUCUUUUGACGAGGUGGGCUGCUAUUCCUGGCGAUCAUCGUUCACCUAGUGUGGCGCAAGCAAUAGCCUGGAUCGAGAUCGCCGAGGGCCUAAUACAGGAUGAAGCGAGCAAAGCCUAG